AUACCUAAAAAAGAAUUGUCCCAUGAUUAUUUUUUUUUACCCGUUGAAACACAGGUAAAAAUUUCUCAAAUCCGAAGCUCAGGUAAAACGGUCCGAUAUGAGUUAUCUGCCCUUUAGUGGAACAUGGCGUCGCCCAUAAUGUACGAGUCUAACGAAAGUGACACGGACGAAAGUAUACCUGAAAUAGACUUAACCCUUAAACUGACUGUGCAGCCGUAUCAAUACGAGCCAGUUAAAAGACAAGAAACAACAAGACAGCCGUUUGACGAUGAAAGUGACUCGGGGCAGUCGGCACAAGGCAGCGUCCAUAGUGAUGAUGAAAUCUCUGAACAACUGCCGUCAGACAUGCACUGGUGUUCCUGUAAAAAUUGCAUUACUAUGCCAACUGCAAGAGAAUGCAAAUGUUGCCAUUUUUAUGCUGCUAUUGAGUCAAGGUUGGAAGAGAGAGGAGAGACCUGCAUCACAGAACACGAGGGUUUUGCAGCAAACUGUCUCAACAGAUGGGUUUUAGAGACAUCCUUUUAUGAAUAUCUAGAAGAACAUGGACCACUGGAAGAAAAUGAAUUAGUACACAAUGUUUACAGGCAUCUAGCAUAUCGACGAUUUGUGCGAUGGAUAUGGCAAUGUUUGGGGAAAAACAACAGGAAGAUCUUGCCAUCAUGUGUAGUAACAAAGAUUAGAACUGCAUUUCCAUCUCAGCAAUACUGUGGGUUUAGGAAUCCAACAGGAAUGUCCUAGAUAUGGCGCUCCACAAGUUCUGACUUUGGGACAUGUUGGUACGAGGAUGCAAUUGAAGCAGGACAGUUCACCAUGGCAGCCUCACG